AUGUACCGUUCGAAGCGAAAUCGAAAACCUUCGGUCCGAAAGCAGUCGCUAAUUUUCAAUGGACAGUACACUCUCGACGCCCAGGGCAAGCGUGUCUACACGCUGAAGAAGGUCCAGAACGGCGAGGUCACCAAGUCUGCCCACCCCGCUCGCUUCUCCCCCGAUGACAAGUACUCUCGUCACCGUGUCACCCUGAAGAAGCGCUACAACCUGCUCCUUACCCAGCAGGCCGCUGCCCAGCUUUAA